AUGACAGAGAUCUCUUUGAAAGAACUGGAGCACGCUUUACGAAGCAUUCAAGUAUCCAAUGUAGGCGUAUUAGUUACCGCUCCAUACUGCGAGCACUGCAUUGUGCAUUCUCCAAGGACAGUUUCAGGCGCAUGUUUCUGGCUUUAUUAUUAUUCCCUCAAUCUUCAUGAAGAGGUCCUGUUCCUUAGUCAAGCACCAAGGAGCAAGCUGAAACUCUUAUACAUUACCACCUUUGGUUCAACGCUGCUCUGGAUUGUUGUUGGUUUUACCAGUUGCGUACUGCUGGCUAUCUGCACGGAAACUUUCUUCAUCAUCCGAACCUACGCCUUGUGUGAGAGGAGUAAGAAAGUGUUGAUCUCCUUGCUGGCAACCUUGAUUAGCAUCGUGAUUGCAUUAAUUUUGUUAUUCUGUAUAUCAUCUCCGUCGUUCACUCCUCAAAAUGCUUUGGGAUGUUAUACAGAAAAGGAGAGUUAUCUUGUUGCCGUUGCUUAUUCGUUGUUGCUUGCUCUAGAAAUAGCCAUUGGACUCCUGGAAGAACUUGUAGUUUUCACAGCCACCAGUGCCAUAUGGAAGCAUCGACAGACGAAAGGCCUCCUGGCACUCACUCUAAUCCAGCAUAACUUCUUCUAUUUUGGUUUUUCUCAAGUAUGGAUACAGUGGAAUAUUUGUCUGGGAGUUGUGGAUGGCCAACUCGAGGGAAACAGGCAAGACGGUGACAACAACUGGUCAAAUAUCCGACCUGCGCUUUCAAGCCCCGUACGUAGAUUUCCUAAAGGAUGA